GGUCUCCCUGGACACUCUGCACCACCUCGCGGCAUUCAGAGCCUCAGAAAUCUUACCACCUUCGUCCGACCUCCUUUCCAUACUGUCCUUGACCAUCAUAUUCAAUCUAUCGAUAUCAGGUCAUUUAUUCAUCUCUUAACUCAGUCUCUGCUGAUCGUGGGCUGCCGCGACUCAUCAAAUCAUCGUUCGUGGCUGUGGGCUCUGACCUCAGCCUGACCGUCAGCCCUACGGCACGUCUCAGCUGUUUGCCCCCAAUGUUCCCAAGUCGAAACGAAACAUACACUCGACACAAAACCACCGAAAGACAACAAACUUGAAUAUAUCUUGCUUGGACUCCCAGUGAGCGGAAAGGCGCCCCUGGGGCGCUGCUUCCGUUCCUGAACGGUCAAGAUGUUCCUGAACUCUGGUGUCGGUUCGCUGUGGAACCACGAACAUGAAUUCAGUACACGUACUCAAUUACAACCAAGCAAUUCUAUUCCAAGGAGGAGUCCAUUGACAAGAUCGGCCUUUUCCACACCUCCACCACGAAAAUCUACAACUUAUGAAGACUCGCCGGUGGUGAUACCACGACCAGAACGACCACUGUCUGAACAGCUACCACGAAUCAAAGAACCGGUAGUCCGCUUUCAAGAAGUCGAGCAGGAAGCGAUGAGCGAGGAUGGCAGAUCUGUUGCCAACUCGGAGGGCAGCGAGACAACAACGGUUGGCGGGGGUAAACAACGAAGACGAUCAAUACGGAAGAGCACAACAUUCCAGCUCGCACACCCUGCGCCGACCUUGACGCAAAAGCAGAGGCUGUUGCAGAUUCGACCAAAAUUAUUACUUCAGUUACAACGAUUAUCGCCAGGGUCUCGGCCUAUACCUACUCUUGACAUCCUUCCUUCUACAAUAGUGGUUCCUCGGUUAAUGAAGAAGUUUCCACGGAUGUUCAGGGGUCAUUCAGCACUUGGAUUCAAUGAUGUGCUUAUUGUGAAAAGCGAGGAGUAUGAUGCUGGAUUUGAGACUACUGUCGAUGAGAGUGAUUCGGAUGAGGAGGGCAUUGCGAGGCGAGACUUGGUCGCCGUCAUAUGCCAAAUGAGACGAGACUCAGGAGGAUCUCAGGGGAAGGCCGAGAUCGUGUUAGGUGAUGGCUCCUUGUGGGUUGCUAGCCCUAUGCCCAAUGGUCUCUACGAAUUCACCACCACCGACGAAAGAGGUGAUGUGACAACUGCUCGGUGGGUGCGGAGAGCCACCAAGCGAAAAAGUGUCGACGUUUCGGAUGCUGCCAAUCUCCAUAACGAUAUCAAGUUCACAUUCAGUAUUAUUGACCCUAACUCACGUCGACAUCCUAUCCUGGCGACUCUCACCCAAAAAAAACUCGACAUACCGGAUACUUUUACUUCUCUUUCCUCGUCAGCAGGCAGGCACCCGCCUACUUCCCCAAUUCCACAUCUCCCAGGAGAGCUUGAUGGAGACGAGGAACGCUCGACGGAGAGAAGCACUCAUGUCAUUGAUGAGAGCAUGAAAUCACUUAUUCAGGUCACCAGUAUUUGGGUUGCAUUACGGCAAGGAUGGUCGCCGUACUUCAAGUAUAACGAUGCCAUGGCUGUACCAAAUAGUCACACAUUGGCAACAGGACGUGUGCGAUCAUCGUCAUUGACGCCCGAGUCAGUUCGUCCGCCUAUUGCUAGAGCCGGUUCAAACACUCCAGACUCUGGCAAUAGUGCAUUCGGGGCAGCAUUAAGCAGUAAGAUACGUCGAUCUUCUGCCAAAAUAAGCCCUGUAAAUGGAGCUCUGCCUCGAGGGGAUCGUUUCGCUCCUCCGAAGAGAUCCCUUUCUACUGGCACAGCUUUUGUGCAGCGGGCUGCAGCCCGCAGAGCAGGACUUCCACCGAGUACAGUCGCUAGCGACAGCGAGGGGGAGAGCACACAGAGCAACUUUCCGAUUCACGAGAAGCACAAUGCUCUCAAUCGAGCAUCGACACCUCCAUGCCUUACGCUUCCAUGUUCAUCCACUACAACACCUGACACGCCAACUCGUCCUCACCGACGUGCUCAAUCAGCCUACAUACCUACGAGCUCCCUCCAGAAUGGGUUCACGAAUAGUGCUUCUGAGAUGAAUAGCUCGACAAUUCCUCCAUCGAAUCAGUAUAUCGAUCCUAUCGUUAAGGUUAAGAUAGGACGAUGGAAACAAUUCACCAAUCUCUUCCGCCGAAAACAUAAUUCCAGCGAGUAAGCCAAGGGAGACUACCACCUUGUAUCAAUAUUUUUUGAUUACUCUUGCAGUGUAGGAUACCACUAGCGUCUGAAUUUUCUUUUGUAAAAAGGCACAAGCCAUUGGAUGGCGUUGAUAGGAACUCUUGGAUGGUUACCAAAACAGGCGUUGGAGGAAUAACAUGUAUAUCUACAGUCAUUAUGAAGCAGAGUAUCCAUUGCAAAUAACAAUAAAGCCUCUCGGCUUCUUUCAGACGCCGAAACAGAACUAUACAACCCAAAUAGUCUCGCCGUGCAAAUUAAUAAUGUAAUCUGAAGCAAGCUCUAGGCAAGAGUGCUCACGUAGGCGCAUGAAGGCACGAGAGCUUGCGUACAAUUGUAGCGCCUAACAAAUGACCAGUUUGAAAAUGGAUGAAACUUGUACUAGUGUUCUAGAGCAUAAAGCCA